AUGUCAGAAGAUAAUCACAGAUCAGAACUUAUAUAUACCGCUAAACUUGCUGAGCAAGCCGAACGCUAUGACGAGAUGGCAAAUGCAAUGAAAACACUAGUGGAGACUUGUGUAUCAGAUAAAGAAGAAUUAACAGUUGAAGAACGUAAUUUACUGAGUGUAGCAUAUAAGAAUAGUGUUGGUUCAAGGAGAGCUAGUUGGCGUAUAGUGAGUAGUGUUGAGCAGAAGGAGGCCAGUAAGAAUAACACUGGCCACAAGGCUCUUGCUCGUCAGUAUCGUGUCAAGAUCGAAGGAGAGUUGAAUGAAAUCUGUAACAAUAUUUUAUCACUUUUGAACAAUAAACUUAUCUCUUCCACAAAUGAGAGUGAGAGUUUGGUAUUUUAUUAUAAGAUGAAGGGUGAUUAUUAUCGUUAUGUGAGUGAAUUUUCUUGUGACGAGAGCAAGAGCAACGCGAGUAAUAAUGCCAAGGAAAGUUAUCAACGGGCUACUGAAAUCGCAGAAAAUGAAUUAAAACCUACACAUCCAAUUAGGUUAGGAUUGGCUUUGAAUUUUUCUGUAUUUUUUUAUGAGAUAUUGAACAAGCCUCACGAGGCGUGCGAGAUGGCGAAGCGUGCGUUCGACGAUGCAAUUACUGAGUUCGACUCUGUGUCAGAGGACUCGUACAAGGACUCCACACUAAUAAUGCAGUUACUCAGAGAUAAUCUCACACUCUGGGCCUCAGAUAUACAAUCCGACUCUGUAGAUGAUAAACAAACCAAACCAGAUGAUUAA